CUCCGUUUGGCUGCCCGUACAUGCACAAGGCGUAUGUACCGUGGCCUAUCAGACAGUACCUCUAGGCACUGCUUGGAACUGAGGCUAUUGACUUGUCCUUCUGUUCUGUUCUUUGUUCACAGCUUGUUCCCCAACAAAUCUCGGUGAGAACCCUUGCAGACCAGCCGUCACGGUCAAAUCUCUCACUAUGCCUUCGGUACAUGAGGUGUAUGCCUUUUAUAUACCCUGACGAUAUAUAUACACCCAUUGUAUCAUCUGAUUUAUAUCGAUGUGCUCAAUCCACAAGCGUGUUCCGUCCAAUCUGAGUUGAAAAUAACCCUUUCUCCCCAUCCUGAGAUUCGCCAAUUCUCUUCGCCUCUUCGCCUCUUCACCCUUGCUCACUCCAAACACUUACCGUCCGUUAUUAUCACGUCGAGAGAGCUCGGUCGAAAACGGCUUUCGUACAUCAAAACCCCCUUGAACAUUUCAUUAUCCCAAUGUCAACCCGACUGUUCACCGAGGAACGCGAUGUGAUUUUGGACCCACUCAAGGCACACCGGUGUCGCUUGAUCAAAGACAAAGAGGAGUUCGAGCCGAUGACUCGAGCGAGUGAAAUCAUGUUGACUGCCGAGGAGCCCUCCAUACGAACUUACUUUUGUGCGAAAAGCGUUGUGACGGAUUACAUACGGAAUCACCCCAAUGAUCCGCGUGGCUACAAGGAACUUGGCAAAGUUCACCUGUACAGUUGUGUGCCUGAGAAUAUCGACUUGGCAGAAGAAGCCUUCAAGAAAGUCCAAUCACUGUCAGGCAAUAUCGAUGCAGAGGGAUGGUACUUGUGGUCUAUGUGCCAUCGGAUUCGCAUGUUCGGUUGUGGUAGCACCAGUCAGCGGUCGGACGAAAGCAAAACGUCAACCCUUCAAAACGGAAAAAGAUAUCUUAGACUCACCGAAAAAGGGCUGAAGCUGGCCCUGAAACACUCCAACGGGUCGAACGUUUAUCGUUUUGCGUUAUCUGACUUUUACAGCUCUACGAACCGGCUGUCAAAAGCACUAUCCACGCUUCAAUCUGGUAUCUCAGCCUCCCAACAAACCCAAGUAGAUGCAGCGAUCUUUCACCAACUUGGCCGAUUUGGAAUAUCCUGUAUAACCGGUUUACAGGAAAGAGGCCGACAGGAUGGAGCGAAAGAGGUUGGCAUGGGUGCAUUGCAAUAUUACCGACAGGCAAUCGAAAUCGGGGGAAAUGACACGGAAGAAUGGAAGGCCGAGCUUGCUAAUGCGGAGUUGAUAGUGGAUCAAUUGGUUGAACAAACUUCCGACUUAGCAGACUUUUCCACCGAGCCAGACUUUAAUCCAUCAGGCCCUAUCUCCUUGAAACGCUGGCUUACUGCCUCACCCGUAUCCACUCAACAGGGUGAUGACUCCUUGUCCCCAGAAGAAGCCGACGUUUCUGGACGAUUAUCGGACCCAAUUUCGAAAGAAUCGGCUGCGAACCUGACUGAGUUUCUCGAUAGGAUUGAAAAUCAAGCCCAAACUUACCAGAACGGUGAUCCGGAUGGCUUGAUCGAGAACUUCAGAUGGCCUCACCCCCCGUCACGGUUAGGAGAGCCUCGCUUGCUAUCUCACCAACCUGGUCCAUCUAUGAAUCCUUGCCGGAGGAAUUGGGGCGAUUCUGUGGGACCGACCAGCUUCCUCUCAGGCCCUACCUUCUGUCAUUUGGCAGAGCGGAAAUCGAACAACAGACCUUUACCUGAUUCUUACAACUUGACGUCAAGGUAUACUGUUGAUGAAUUCGACGAGGAUGAACUUAUUCCUUCACCGUCAUGUACAUGCUCCACUUGAAAUAAUCGUAUAUUUCCAAGCAGAGGUGCCCACAAGAGUUGUCAAUUGUGUAUUCUUCUCUUGAGGGUAUCUUACUAAUAUCAAACCCUUGACGAUUUCUCAACUUUAAAUGUUGCUCAAAGUUCUUAAAUUAUUAGUUGUUGUUGUUUAAACGCAUUUAACGAUCAUUCGCCAAAAAAAAUACAGAUUAGUCAAGUAUCGAGUAAAAAGC